CUUCCUUGAACCUCCUGCAGUGUACGUUGCCUUUUUGUACACGUAGAGGUUUUUGUCUCUAUAAUCUUGUGGUAUGGUAUCUAGCGUAGGAAUUACAAAAAGAUUGACUGGAAAAACAAGUACACUGCAAUAUAUACCUACAUUCCGAAAGGAAGAAGACGUCACUUUUCCGUGUGCAACAGUAGGCCCCUGUGAUAUCCCAAAACCAGGAUUUUUUGACUUUCAAGGAAAACAAAAAUGGGAAGCAUGGAAUCAACUAGGAAAAAUGAAAAAGAAUGAUGCAAUGAAAGAAUAUAUAGAUUAUAUGAGCAAGCUAUACCCUGAUUGGGUACAGGAGUGUCAGGGGAAUCAACGUUCAACGUUUGGCGGGGUUGUCGUUAGCUGCAUGAAGGCCCCGGAAGAAGAGCCGAUUGCUGAUGCAGAUAAGUCGCUCAUCGACUGGAUCGUCGACGGCAACACCGAAAACGUACGCAGAAUGCUUGGCAGCAAGAGUUUAGACUGCAACCAGGUUGAUGAACAGGGAAUGGCGGCACUGCACUGGGCCUGUGACCGUGGCCACACAGACAUAGUUGAACUACUGCUGCGCAUGGGUGCAGAUCCAGAUAUUCGGGAUGCAGAAUGCCAAACACCUUUACACUAUGCAUGCUCCUGUGACCAUGUGGAGGUAGUGAAAUUGCUGCUGGGCGCCAAUGCUGACCGGUCGACGACCGACUGCAAUGGUGACACUCCUGUCACGUGUGCAACAAGUCCUGGCAUUGUAACGCUCUUGAAUAGCAGUGUCAGUGCAAGUAGGACUGAAACAGCGGUCACAUCCGCACCGUAGUGUGUCUGGGAUUACUAAGGAUGUAAAGAUAUAUAUCUAUAUUCUGAUGAGCACGUUCAGGGUCCUGAAAUUGAAACCAUAUCAAAACGAUGGUAUCAGCCGUUACCGUUCAUAUACUGUUAACGUUGCAAGUUUGCCUUAAUGCGCGAGGGUGAAAAGUAAGAGCAAAUUCCGCUUCACAUGGAUGGUUAGUUACAACUUACAUUGUUAGCAGGAACGUUCACAUGGGCAAAGGAAGUGCACUUUUAUACACGAUUCAGCAAAUAUGCUUUGGUUGCAUUACUGUUUGGCAAGGCUUUGUUCUGAGCUUCUUGAUCAUACCAAGUGGUAUUUAUUCUAAUGAGCACCUAGUCAUGUUGUAGUGACAGUCUCACUGUAAAUAUAAAAUAAUUGUAAUGGAAUAUUAAAAUAUCGUACUAAACAUGAAACGUAUGUGAAAAUGUUUUCUGUCAGUUGGGUACUGUAAUAUUUGGUAACUUUCACUUUUUGCAUAUUGCAUUUGUAUUGUAUAAACAGAAGACCUGGUCAUGCAAUGUCCUGCCAAGUUAUGUAAAACAUGCUUGUAACAGGUCGCGUGGAAUUUUUUCCCAUAAAUCUGAAAGAUGUCUUAAAGUUUUAUAUUACAAAUUUUCAUGUAUUAAAAGGCUAUAUGAUAUACUUCAUAUUAUUCAUACGUUCAUUUAUUUCACAAAUCUGUACUGUAUAAGGGAUAAUUUCACAUGGUACUAAUAUUAAUCAAUUGUGUCUGUUGGUUUGCUGCACAGAAGAUAUACAGAAAUUAUACAAAAGGUAAUAAUAAUGUUGAUAUGCGACAUUUCUUAA